GGAACACGGGUGGAGUUCAGCGCCCAGGUGCUGCCUUUUAUCUAUCGUGCCAUUGGUUCAAAGCAUCUUCCUGCCAGUAACAUCAGCUUUGUUCAUCUUGAUUCCCAUCCAGACCUUCUUAUUCCUGUGAAUAUGCCUGCAGACACUGUAUUUGACAAAGAAGCUCUUUUUAGUGAAUUAAGUAUUGAGAACUGGAUUAUGCCUGCUGUUUAUGCUGGCCAUAUUUCUCAAGUAGUAUGGCUUCACCCACCCUGGGCUCAGCAGAUCUCAGAAGGAAAACACCAUUUUUUAAUUGGGAAAGACAUAUCAACAACAACAAUCAGGGUUACAGGUACAGAUCAUUACUUUCUAAGUGAUGGUCUUUAUGUCCCUGCUGAUCAGCUAGAAAACCAGAAGCCUUUAAAUUUACACGUCAUUCUCAUCAAUCCUACUGAAGUAUCAAACAGCCAGGAAGACAAUGGUGAAGUAGCAUCUGCUAAGAGACUGAAGCUAAAUACAGACAACACAGCAAGCACAGCUUCUACCUCUUCGUCAGUGGUUCCUGGCGACCUUGAUCACAGCACCCCAAGUCUGAAGAAAAAAGAAGUGCAAAAUGCAAGUGCCCCAAACAAGGCAGAAACAUUGUCAGAGUGCUCAGCUUCAAGCUCUGUCCGAAACAGUGAAUGCCCGAUAAGGGAAGUUGUUAAGGAUGUCUGCCAAGUACUGCAGAAAGGGAAUGCAUAUGUUUUAGACAUUGACUUAGAUUUUUUUUCAGUUAAAAAUCCAUUCAAAGAAAUGUACACACAGACAGAAUAUGAACUUUUGCAAGAGUUGUACAAUUUCAAGAAGCCUCAUAGAAAUGCAACAGAGGAGGGCUUGCUGGAUUGUGUUGAAAACCGUGUUCAUCAGCUAGAAGAUCUGGAAGCAGCAUUUGCAGAUUUGUGUGACAAUGAUGAUGAAGAGACCCUACAGAAGUGGGCUUCAUAUCCUGGAAUGAAACCGCUUGUUCAACUAGUUCACAGUUUGAAAAUCAGGAUGGAAAGCCCAGACUACGAAAUGGUCCAUCAGGCUGGUCUGACCUGUGAUUAUAUGGAGCUUCCUCACCAUGUUAGCACUGAAGAGGAGAUCGAAGGCCUCAUACAAUCCAUUAAAGUUCUGCUAAAAGAUAUGCCUAAGCCCACACUUGUGACAGUUGCUCG